AUGGGCUUCGAGGUUAUACCUAGUUGUCCAAUAGGAUCCUGGCUUCCGAACACCGACCAUCGUACUUCUCGAGAAUUAGGACGCAUCACAUUUGACACACCGAAGGAGGAUCGGGUUCACGCACCGAAGCUGUGGGCAUCGAUCACCCCCGAGCCACAUGUGUCGCGGUCGUCUUCAAGAUCGAGAUUUAGCGAGGUUGGAAUUGUUAUUGACAGUUUUCACGAGAAGGUGGUUGGUGCAUACUAUCACACACUGUCGCCUACGCUCGCAUACUACUCUCUAUUCGCCAUGAGCGAGAGCAGCGCAGCGACGGCCACGGCGACAGCGGCAGGCGUCAGCUUGAAGCAGCGCCGCACGGCGGCCGACGCAUCGCAGCCGUCCGUCGCGCCGGACGCCGGCAACGCGAUCAAAGAUACCGACGCGUUGAAGGACAAGGCGAAGCCACGUGGCGCGUCGCCGCGCCGGCGGUCCGGAUGGCUCGUGCUGGUGCUCGUGGUUCUGGCGGCGGCAGCGGCCGGCGCGGGUUAUUAUUUCUGGCGGGAAUACAGCGAGUAUAUCGCGAUCGACGACGACGGGGAGAGCGAGAGCGAGAGCGAAGCGCCUCCGGUCGAGAAGGCCGCGACGCGGUCGAACCCGCGGAAAGCCCAAUGGCAAGCCGAUAAGCUGUGGAGUGCGGAGGAGCUGGCCAAGUACAACGGGUCGACGAAGGGCCUUCCGCUGCUGCUGGGCAUCCUGGGGGAUGUGUUUGACGUGACCAAGGGCAGGAAGCACUACGGCAAGGGGCAGGGGUACAACCACUUCGCUGGCAGGGAUGCCACGAGGGCAUUCGUCUCGGGCAACUUCUCAGGCGACGGCUUAACGGACGAUCUGACGGGCCUGUCCGGCGAGCAGUGCAUCGGCAUUGCAGACUGGCGCGACUUCUACUUCAAAACGUACAUCCACGUGGGGAAGAUGGUGGGGAGGUUUUACGACGAGCAGGGCAAGGCAAGAGCUGCUCUGGGCGAGUUUGACGAGCUGCUGAAGGAGGGCAAGCGACUGAGAGACGUGGCGAAGGAGGUGGAGAAGAAAUACCCUGGAUGCAACUCGCGGUGGGCGCAGAACGAGGGUGGCAAGGUGUGGUGUGACUCUGGUGUGCCGCGGAAAAUCCCCCGAAUCCCCGAAGCAGAAGGGGGCCCAGUUGGGGGCAGUGAGGACACGCGCUGUGCGUGCUUCACCAAGGAGCAGCUUGCCUCGCGCUCUGACCUCCAGGAGUACGAUGGGUGUGACCCUGCCGCCACCAAGUGUGUGUCUUCGCCUCCUGAAGACCCCAAUGCUGCGUCCCUGGGGGAUGGGAGCGAGGAGGAGGAGGAGUGA